UUUUUCAUAUUUAAAUUUGGAAAAAGAAAAAGGAAUGAAUACUGAGGAAUAAAUAAAUGUAAUCGCGUAAUUGUUAAUUGGGUUAAAUGGAGGACGAUGAGUUGAAAGCGAUUCUCAGGGAAGCGUUCGGCGAUUCAUCGUCAGACAGCGACGGCGAAGCGUCGCCUGAACGGCGAGAACUAGUUCAAUUCAACCAUUCGAACAGUGAAAUCGGUAGGCCUCAGUCAAUCUUCGGGGAUAACAGUAUUUGGGAACCUAUCUCAGAAAUCAAUGGCCUCUCGAUUUGCAGGGACUUUCUGUCCGCCGAUCAACAGCGUUCCUUGCUCUCCGCUCUUGAAAAAGAGGGAUAUUUGGGUGAAGCCUCGCAAAAUCAGGCAAUGAGAUUUGGAGAUCUUCCCCCAUGGGCACUUGAGCUUUCGCGCAUAAUCCGCGAGAAUGUUCUAUUGAGUGAUAACAGCAAAGAAAGCUGCCUGUUUCCAUCAAAGUUAAUAGGGAGGGAACCACUCUUCAACCAACUUAUCGUAAACAUAUAUCAGCCAGGUGAGGGAAUAUGUGCACAUGUUGACCUUAUGCGGUUCGAAGAUGGAAUAGCAAUAGUCUCGUUGGAGUCGUCCUGUGUGAUGCAUUUCAGCCCAGUCGAAGAUGAAGUCGUCGGUAAAUGCCAAGAGGCGAAUCACAAGUGCGUAACCUCAGCAAAGAUUCCAGUACUUCUAAACCCAGGAUCUGUAAUCUUGAUGUGGGGAGAGGCGCGCUAUCAAUGGAAGCACGAAAUCAAUCGAAAGCCCGGAUUUCAAAACUGGCAGGAACAAGAAAUCGACCAGAAGAGAAGAACCUCUGUUACCCUAAGAAGGCUGUGUGGAACAGAGUAAAGGAAUCUUGUUUCAAAUUACAGUAUUUACUUUUCAAUAUCACGCGAAAUUGUGCGAAAAAACUGUCGAUUUCGAACCCUUGAAAGAUUUAAAAUUUUAUUAGGACGCUUUUAACGUUUUCUUAAA